ACCCUUGUAAAUGGAUUGCGAUCCGUCUAAACUCUUCCACGUAGUAGUUUUCUAACCACUUCUGACAUAAUUGUCAAUCAUCCUCAUUUAGAUUUCAUAAAAGUUAUUUACAAGUUUAAAAGAUGGUUGUAUUAGUAAAAAAUUCAGACAUUGAUGACAAUGAGAGUGAAAAUGAUGGAGCAAAUCCUAAAGAAGCUCGAGUAUAUUCAUUAGAAAUUCAAAAAAUCAUCAAAGCAGCUCAGUGGCAACAUGGUCUUCGACAUGGUGACUAUCAACGAUACAGAGGCUAUUGUUCUCGUCGUUUACGACGGCUUAGAAAAGUUCUUAAAGUUCCACAGGGUGAUAGAAGACAUUUCAAAAGAAAAGACAUAACACCGACAAUGGUAAACGAUGAUAAGUUCCUUCAGAUUCCAUUAAUGAUGGCUGAACGUGCUUGGAGUUAUGCUUCUCAAUUAAAAAUGGAAUCUAAUACAGAGCCUAGAAAGAAAUUUCAUUUAAUUUCUAGACUCAGAAAAGCUGCUGUUUACUCUUUACAGUUACAAGAGUUGAUUGAGAGUAUUAAUAGUGACGCUCGAACAAAAUUAGAAGCUCAAGCCUAUGUUGCCUGGAUGCAGGGAAGUUUACAACUUGAACUCCAAUUAUGGAAAGAAGCCAUGACAAAUUUGAAAAAGGCACAAGUAGUAUAUGGAGAACUUGCUUUAGCAGUUUCACCUCUUGAACAAAUGAUUUAUAAAAGUAGAGCUGAAGAAUUAGCUCCAAGCAUUAGAUAUUGUGCUUACAAUGUUGGAGAUUCAUCAGCUAUUGAUGAUUUAAUGCAAAUGCGAGGUCAAUUAAGCAGUGAAUUAUUAAUGAAUUUGGAUACUCUAAUAGUUCAAACAAGGGAAACACAAACAAAUGUUGAAGAGAUUAACUGGCGUGGUAAAUCUUGCGGUGUUGCACCAGCUAGAGUUACUGGUCUUUUGUUAGCAGAUUAUCAAUUAACAUUGACAUUAGAAAAAACUCCAACUCUUCAAGCUAAAAUUGGCCUUCUUGAAGCUCAUUUGAUUGAUUGUAAAGACGCAAUAUCUGUAGUACGAGAGCUUUACAAGAAUGAAUUAAAAAAUAAAGAUGACAAGUCAUCAGCUCAUCAUUUAAUUGCAUAUUUGCAGUAUAUCAGGCUUUCUCGAACGUUGGAAAGAAAUUUGAUACUUAUACAAAAAAUUGGUGAAGAAUCAGUUAAAGUUAAACCGCAAAAUUAUGUGAAACUUUAUGAAGCAGUUAUACAUAAUUUACUGCAAAUGUUAAAAUUACUUGAUGAUGAAGAGUUUCAACGAGAACAUGAGGCUAAAAUAAAAGGAUACAGUGCCUUCAGAUGUUAUUAUAUGGCUCAAUCAACAGAAAAUCUUCAGAUGUGGCGUGAGGCUUUAGCUUUAUAUGAUAGAGCUCUUGAACACGCACGGAAUGCUUUGUCAAAAAAUUCAUCUUAUUUACCAGAAGAACUAAAAACAGCAUUAAAUAAAUUAGAGCGUUCAAUAGAAGGAGCUCAGUGUGCUGUUCAUGCUCAAAGUGUUCUUCAGGAAGAGCAAAAAAAUGAAUCUGCUGCCAUUAAACAAACUAAAAGCAAGAAACCACUUUAUGAUAGACUUCAUGAAUAUCGCGAAGAUUCUUCGCUUCUUUCCAAGCAACCAAACGUUUUUACUCUUCCUCCUCCUAUGAAAAGUAUUCCCUGCAAACCACUGUUCUUUGACUUGGCAUCAAACAUGAUUGAAUUCCCAGAUCUAUCAGAUAAACUUGGAGAUCAAGGUAAAAAAGGACAAGCUGGACUCACUGGAUUCGUCAAAGGACUUUGGGAAUGGGGUUAUAAGUAAAACUUAUGUUCUAAAAAUUAUUAAAAAUUGAUUUGUAAUCAUUCAAUGAAUAAAGAAAAUUAUAUUCAAUGGAAUUCAUAGUAA